AUGUUUGGUGCCGAAAUUCCUCUCAAAGCCCAAGAACAUGAUAUUGAGGAAACGAUAAAGAAGGAACAGUCCUUCUCAGUUUUGAGGUCAUGGUCAUGGUUUCCAAAUUAUUCCAACGUGCCCAAGGGGGAGGUAAAACAGAUAAAGACAGGUCUCGAGCCUGCUCGCAGAUGGAUAAAGGGUGUUGUGCUCUGUUCAAGGAUUGUUGGUGGAGUGCUUGCUUUGAAUAUUAUUCUCACUGUCAUCGCUGCUGGUCUGGCGUAUUCAGGGGAUAGCGAGGAGACGUUCUCCUUCGCUUCCCUCUAUACGGGAAAGUGCUCGACUUCUAAGAAUUGGACCACAGGCUUGCACCUCUUGAUCAACAUCCUCAGUACUGCCCUGUUAGGGGCGAGCAACUACUGCAUGCAAUGUCUUGCUGCCCCUUCACGAGAACAGGUGGAUAAAGCACACAGUCAAAAGACAUGGAUUCGAAUCGGUGUCCCAAAUAUCAUGGACCUUCUUCGCUAUCAAACAGGCAAGCGACGCAUUCUGGGAUCGAUUCUACUGAUCACCUCGUUGCCUAUCCAUUUGAUUUAUAAUUCGGCUGUCUACUUCUCCAUUGGACCAACAGAGUAUUCGGUCGUUGCAGCACAGGAUAAGCUUAUUCAGGAAUACGGUAAUUCUACAGAAUUCGAGCAAUGCUUCACCCAGAACGUCGGGAUUGAUAUACAGUCAUUCAAUGCUGCGAUACGUGAUGGGACUUUCAACACCCUCUCCAAAGAAGAAUGUGUUGAUAUAUUUGCUCAAGACUAUGCAUCCGGGUACGGAUUGGUUGUUCUGGUGACCAAGGAUUCACUGCCUCAAAAUGAUUCCGUUGCCUGGAUAGGGACUGGAAAUAGCCGAAGUUUGGCGAGUGGCGACAGUCAAUACAGCUGGUUGUGUGACCAACAAUACCCUUGCACCAAAAUCAUGGCUGAAGAAAAAGCCCAUAACUGGUCCUUACACUCAUUAACAUGGUCACGUCCUACCAUCCAUCUGUCGGUGCCUAUCCCAGGCGGAAUUUAUGAGAGCGGAGAAUGGUUGGAUGUCGGGCACUACGGCGUUCCCGAUACCGAGGACUACAACCAUCUUGAUGAUAUUCUAGAUAAAUACCCUUCCCUGGAGGAGUUGCAAGCCAAGCUAGAUAAUUCUUCUGGCUGGGUUAACAGUUCAUUCCCGGGUAGUGUGACGGUACGUAAAGGUGAGCCUCAUUGCACAUACCCGAGGGUUUUCGGUGAACAGACUUCACAGUCAUAUUCAAUCGAUCACUGCAUGACUUUGCCAGCCAAGGAAACUUGUCAGCUAUUCUUCAGCCCACCAAUCUGUCUAGUCGUAAUUGGCUGCAACAUAAUCAAGCUCAUCUGCGCGCUGUUAGCGGCGCGUGAGGACAGAAAAGACAUUUUCCUCACUACCGGGGAUGCGAUUGCAUCUUUUCUUACCAAGCCGGAUCCAACUACUGUGGGAGCCUGUCUGCUGUCCGGGCCUCUAGUUAACAAGAAAGCACACGGAUGGCGGAAAUACAAGGGCCGUGAACGCAAAUAUUUGGAUCCUUUAGACCCCAAGCAAGAGAUUCCGCUUCGCUUGCCUUCACGAAAGCGAUGGUGCCAAGCUGCGAGUAUAUCACGCUGGGUAUAUACGAUUCUUUUAUUCGUGUGCAUUCUGAUCCCAUCCGUCAUUGUUCUGCGCCUUGGAAUUCUCAACUACAACAAAGUUUCCAAGUCGAAGAACAUAUGGAAGUCUGGCCUGGGAGAGGCAAGCCCAGCGACUACACUAAGCGGCUUGAGCAUUCCUGCUACCGCAGAUGGGAUAUUUUCCAUGAUUUUCAUGGCCAACAUACCUCAAAUACUGGUCUCACUGGCUUACUUCUUUUAUAACGGCCUAUUGACCUGCAUGCUCGGCGCGGUUGAAUACGACAACUACGCCAAAGAGCAAAAGCCUCUCCGCGUAUCCUGGCCCCGCGGCGCCCAGCGUUCAACAUACUACCUCAGUCUUCCGUACCGAUACAGUAUCCCGUUGCUGAUAGUCUCGGCUGUUCUUCACUGGCUCGUAUCCCAGAGUUUUUUCUUCGUUCAGGUGAUUCCAUUUGACCGGCACGGAGUACCCCAAACACAUCUCUCAGACGUCUUUGUCCUUGUUACUUGCGGCUAUUCGCCCGUUGCCAUCAUCUUCGGAAUAAUUGUUGGUGGUUUGCUCCCCAUUGUCGCUUUGGGUCUGGGCUUGCGUCGAUUCAGAUCGCACAUGCCGCUGGCUGGACAGUGUAGUGCAGCAAUUAGCGCUGCGUGUCAUCCCAUGACUACUGCGGUUGAUCAUGCAGUAAAACCGGUGCAAUGGGGCGAAGUCCCAGAUAGGGUCUUGUCACAUGGCAUUUUUCCAAACACAGUAACGACGGAUGUUGGGUUUGAAGCUCGGUCGAGGGCUGAAAGUGAUGAGCAAAGGCCGUCUUUGGCCACAGAGCUAGAUAUAGAUGAUCCCAGACCGGUUAGUCUCUUGCAUUGCUCAUUUACAUCGGAGGAUGUUAGUGAGCCAAGCACAUCACGUCUCUAUCUCUAG